UUUCCCUUUUUAAGCGAAGCGUUUGUUUCAUUUAUUACUAUUUACUGCCGACAAAAAAUUGUAUGCGGUUGAACUGAGCAGCGCAUAAUUUACAAGAUAUACAGAGAAGCUAUGGUAGAUCUCGAAGUCGUUGCAGCGCCAGCAGAGCCUUCAACUUUGGACACUGGCACUCGUCUUUGCCGCCUUUGUUUGCGUCAUGAUAAAUCUGUUGUAAAUAUAUUUGAGGAGGAAUCUACGCAGGUAGCUGUGAUUGAUGCGCCUGAAAAUGAUGUGGCGGAGAAUAAAAUUUCGAUGGUAGACCGUUUGUUUGAAUUGUUAGGCGUAAAGUUUCGACAAUCAUCAGCGCUGCCGAGCAGCAUAUGCCAGCGUUGUUUUGCAACAAUAGAGGCAUUUGCUGAUUUUAGGGAAAAUGUGCAGAGAUGCGAGACUGAGUUGCAGCGUUGGUUAGAGCAAAGCAGCAUAACUAGAACUAGUGCAGAUCAACGACCAGGCCUUAAUGGUAAUCCUGGCAAUUUUGAGCCUGAAGAUGACUGCAUUAUUACUGAAAUUGACCCCAAUCAAGAUUACGAAAGCUCGGAAGAUGAAUUUUCUAUGGAGUCGGAUUCCGAGGCUGAGGAGCAAAUCUCGUCAAUACCGACGGUACCUAAUUCAGUUUCGAAUUCAGCACAUCAACCGGAGAAUGAAAGGGACAAUUCGCUAGCAAUGUCAACAUUACCCACACCCAUGGAUGUUUUGAAUAACAUAGAAAACUCACAGCCAUCGCACAACACCUCUUCUUCAUUUGCUGUACCCGCCGGCAACGAUUCAUUUAUUGGUGGUGAAGUAAUAAUUAAAAAUACAUAUCUUUGCCAGUAUUGUGAUAUGGCGUUUACUACGCAAGCGGAUUGUCAAGAACACGAGUCACAACAUGACAGUGCAGCACCCUAUGUUUGUAGUUUCUGUUCACAACGCACAUCAAGCCGUCAAAACUUAAUAUAUCAUAUCAAGGAAUUGCACGAUCCUGAGAGACCAUACGUAUGUGCGUUCUGCAAGAAAGGAUUCUGUCGUCGUUCAGAUUUAAAGAAGCAUACAAUUGUGCAUACUGGGGUUCGACCGUUUUCAUGUCCAGUUUGUGCUAAGAGUUUCUCACGUAAUACCAAUUUGACAAAACAUAUACGCAUACACAGUAGUGUUAAGCCACAUGUGUGCACUCGUUGUCCACGUUCUUUCUCCAGUGCCCAGGAGCUAAUGCGUCACAUACGUUCACACUCAAAUUCCAAGACAUUUCAGUGUAGUCGUUGUCCAAGCACUUUCACUCGCAAAGAUAAACUUCAUAUACAUGAACAAACACAACAUCGGCAGGAUGCGGAACUUCCGCUCAAUCAAAGCAAUGGCAGUAGCUUUAAAGCUGUUGAUGGUAGUGCUGCGGGACAAACGGAAAACAUGGUUGUUGCAGUGAAUCCAUAUGGUGACUCGGAGAUGGCACAAUCUUCACCAUCGCAGGACCAACAUCGCCAGCAUAGUAUAUUAGCGGCGCAGCUUCAACAACGACCUCUCAAGCCGACAACCCACAAGUCAUCUCACUCGCGCUCAUUCACCUGUACUAUAUGUCAGAAAUCUUUCACUCGCGAACGUGACCUACAACGACAUCAAGCACUGCAUCUAGAUACGCUGUUCACAUGCAAGCAAUGUGGUAAAGGUUUCAAUCGACGCGAAAAACUCGCCCGUCAUGAAUUGGAAUUCCAUGCGCCGCAAUAUCCUUGUGAUAUCUGCCGUACACAAUUCUCCAAACACGAUGAGUAUGAAAGACACAUGAAAAUGCAUGAAUUACAACAGAAUGCGGCAAUAGCUACACAGGCUGCUAUCAGUGCUGCGGCGGGACUAACAAAUGCGCCUACAACUAAUAUUUUGAGUUUAGCAGGCGGGCCAAAUACUGCCGGUGCUCUCAAUUUAGUCACAACACCAGCAGGUGCAGUUGGACCGCCACCAAUUCUACCUUCAAUGGCACCAAAGGAUUUAUCUAGCAAUCAGCAACGCCCGACUGCGUCCGAUAUGUCUUUCUAUAGUCAAUUGGUGCCUACCAUGAAUCUGGGAUUUUACAGUGAGACACGGCCUGAAGACCGUAACGGUAUAUAGGAGGAGUCAUUAUCAACCACCUGCACCGAUAUAUAACGCAUUUAUUCAUGAAAUCAUAGAAGCUAAGUUAAGCUAUUUAAAUUUAAUUAUUAGUUAUAGAGAGAAUUAUUGAAG